AUGAGUGAAUCUAUCUAUCUAUCUAUCUAUCUAUCUAUCUAUCUAUCUCUACCAUUGUUUUCAUAUCUAUUUAUCUAUAUAAUUAAACCAUCUUUUACGCUUUUGCUGUCUCGACAGAGCCCGCAUCGAAAAGCUGCUCGCAAUGCAGCCGACGCCGCUGCAGCAUACAUUCGACGGUCCCAGGAGACCACGGCUGAGAAAACCGCACGUAACGCAGCGAAGGCUGCGGCAACGUCCAUUCGCCGGACCCAGGAAUCCAUGGCUAAGAAAAUCGCACGCUAUGCAGCCGACGCCGCUGCAACUUCUGCUGCAAGGUCGUCGGAAUGUUCCGCGCAAAAGCGCAAAAGACGGCAACGCGAUGCAAUUUCAACUUCCGCAGCUCGAUCUUCUUUUGGAACUAGCAUGAGUGAAUCUAUCUAUCUAUCUAUCUAUCUAUCUAUCUAUCUAUCUAUCUAUCUAUCUAUCUAUCUAUCUCUACCAUUGUUUUCAUAUCUAUUUAUCUAUAUAAUUAAACCAUCUUUUAGUUUAUUUCUCUAUACAUAA